AUCAUCAUACGUGCAUCAUCCAGGAAGAAGUUUGAACCUAAAGAUGGCGCCAACAUCCGUGGUGCUCAUUUUAUCCCUGAGUCUUCUCAUAUUAAUAUCUGCCCAGGGAUCUAAUGUCAAUGAUAAACUUUGUACGGGUGGCAGAGUAUAUGACUGUAGGCUCCCCUGUCCUCCAACCUGCGAUAACCCAAAUCCUAGGUGUGAUCUUGCGGUGUGCCGCCCAGGAUGUUUCUGCCCAUUUGGCACUGUAGAAAGUGGCAACGGGAAAUGCGUGAAGAUAGAAGAAUGCUGCAAGGGCAACACGACAAAUGGCUGCCGCAAUAACUGCCUCGAUGUCUGCGAAAAACAGCCUGAUCCGAUAUGUUUCACGUUUUGUGAAAUUGGCUGUUCCUGCAAAAGUGGCUACGUGCGCCUGCCCAACAGCGACCAAUGUGUCCUUCCUCAGGACUGCCCCAAAGCUGGCUAAAACCAAUAAACCGGCCCCUGCGCCUUAUUAGCUAUGAUCAAAAUGUAAAGAGACCUACUGUAUAUGGAGUCAUGUCUAAUGGAAAUAAACUGAUUGUAAAGCUUG